ACGCUGCGGCGGCCGCGCUGUCGGCAGGGACGGGACGGCUGCGCUGGAUUCCCGGUCCCCCUCCGAUGGAUCCCACCCCGAGCGUUUCCCACCGCCGCCGCCUCCUGCUUCUCUCGCCGGCGUCCCCCGCCUCGCCCGCCGUGGUCAAGGCGCUCUUUCAGGAUGAGCUCUCGCCUGUCUCGGACCUCCGCCUCACUAUGGAGCAGCUGGGGCGCGGGCAGCAUGAAAACCUGGACCAAGACAUGGGAACCAAAACUGGAUUGCACAGAUCAGCCUCUUCAGAGUCCACAGACUCAGGAUUGGCUUUGGAUUCUCCUGGCCCUGCGAGCUCCCACGACGCCGUGGAGGACACGUUUGAGAAAGCAAUCAAAGCCAGCAGGCUGAACCUUCGAAUACCUUUCAGAAGAAUCCAUUCCCUGCCACAAAGCCUGCUGGGCUCCAGCCCUGCUCUGAAGAGAAACCACUCUGACUCUCUGGACACUGAUGCUUUCCAGCCUUUGGAUCAGGAUGAAAAUAAGGAAAAUGAAUCAUUUGAGUUCAAGAAGCCAACCAAACCAGCUUCUCGUGGCUUCCGUGAUGGGAGGGGUGUUCCUGCAGCAAGGCAAAAUUCAUCUCCAGCCCAGCUGCCCGUGGGGGAAACAGCCUCUGGGGAACAGGAGAGCUCCAGGGCAGCCUUCCUGCAGCAGCAUUCCCUGCCCUCCUCGGAGAGUGAGGAUGAUGAUGGCUUCAUGGAGCUGCUGGAUGACCAGGACUUGAAGAACGAUGAGGAGAUGCCCUCAGAUGUGUCCAGCCUCUGGACAGCGCCGCUGGUCAUGAGGAGAGCAGACAGCAGGGCCAAGCGGUGCCGGCUGUUUGGCUCUUCAUCCAUGUCAAGCAUUGCAGGAAGAACCACCCAGAAGAGGAUGGAGAGGUCCCAGGAGGAGAAUUCCCCAGGGAAAAGCAAGAAGAGGAAAAGCCUGCCAGGAACUUCUGAGGACUCCACGAGCCUGAAGCUGGUGAGGACCCAGCCCUCCACAGCAGAGAUUGAGAGCAUUUUGGACAGUGACCAGAGGGACCUUAUUGGAGACUUCUCCAAGAGUUAUUUAUUUGACACUGUCGAUGGGAAACAUCAAGAUUUAAAAUACAUCGACUCCGAAAUGAUUGUGUCUGUGCUGACUGGGAAGUUUGAGAGCUUCAUCAAGCAGUGUGUGAUAAUUGACUGUAGAUACCCCUAUGAGUAUGAAGGGGGGCACAUUAAGGGUGCCAUAAACCUGCACAUGGAGGAGGAGGUGCAGAAUUUCCUGCUGAAGAAGCCCAUCCAGCCGUCGGAGGACAAGCGCGUCAUCGUGGUGUUCCACUGCGAGUUCUCCUCGGAGCGGGGCCCGCGCAUGUGCCGGUUUGUGAGGGAACAGGACAGGCUGAGCAAUGAGUACCCCAACCUGCACUACCCAGAGCUCUAUGUGCUCAAGGGGGGCUACAAGGAUUUCUUCUCGAGGUGCCAGAGCUUCUGCGAGCCCCAGAGCUACCGCCCGAUGCACCACAAGGACUUCAAGGAGGACCUGAAGAGGUUCCGCACCAAGAGCCGGACCUGGGCCGGGGAGAAGAGCAAGAGGGAGAUGUACAGUCGGCUCAAGAAGCUCUGAGGGCUGCAGGGACCUGCAAGGACUGCCCAGCCUGGGGGCUGCAGUGGGACAGCCACGUGUUCCUGUGCUCCCACCCCCUGGGCUGUCUCCUCCCUGGGAUCACCUGGACCUCGGCCCCGCGAGCCGGAUUCCGGCUGGGAGCUGCCUUGGGAUUCUUUUGGUUACGUUGCUUCGUGAAAAUGUUGUGGCUUCUUGUGUUGUGUGACACCCCCAGAUCGCCCAGGAAGGGUGGGGACAGCUUCGUGGGGCUGGGCUCGGUGUCAGCACUGCCAGGGAAUUGUAGUGCCUGUUAAUUUUUUAAAUGCUUAAUUUUAUUUAAAUACAGUCAAAUGAAGCCAAUACCGCUGCGGUUGGAUCAUCUGGAUUGUACUUAAACCUUGUUUCUGCUCCAGGGCGACCUGCUGGGGGGGAGUGGGGGGUUAUUGUUUUUCUCAAUGCAAGUUUUGGUUCUGUGUAGCAUUGUGGGAAGGAAAAUGGGAACUAUCCCACGAUGGCUCAGGAUUCCCACCCGGGCCAGCGCUGCAGGAAGCCCUGGGAGCCCAUCUGAGGGAAACUGCUUAUUGUUCAUAAACAUCACGUUCACCUCGUU